AUGGUAGUCCUUACAGAUAGAGUCUUUUUCUGCGUCGUUUUGCACGCAAUAGGCGUGGCUCAGCUUGCGUUUGCCAGUCUGACUUCACAGGCAAAAGAUGCGAGAAAGUAUCUUGCUUCAGACCGGCUUUGGGAUGCCAAAUCCGCAGAAUCUAGCAUUGGGAGUCGAGCUCAUGGUCCAUCCAGCAAACUAGGGAAGCUUGAUCAAAGAGAGGAACUGGGCCAUGAUUUCUGGGACGAGUAUACCCAGACGUAUGAGGAAAGGGCAUCUGAAAUGCGAUCGAUGGUCAACGAACGGAACAAUAUUUGGUAUCAAAUCGAUCGGCUCAAGCCGGAAUCCUACGAAGAACUCACCCGAAUGAAAUUACAAGUAGAACUGCUUCAUCGUGGAUUAAGGUGGCCGACGAUUGAUAAAGUGCGCGAGCUGGGUGGACUGGAGUUGUCAGUUGACUACCUCAUCCCUAGAGACAAUCUUCAGCAGGCCGCCGCCAAAACUCAAUCCUCAGGGGACUCCAAGAGUUCUUCUACACGUUACAAAACCUACUCCAGAUGGACCGAUUAUCUGCCUUUCUUCAAAUCCGACCCUAGGAGAACAGCUGACUCCAAGCGACUGCUCCAGAAAAGCGAUUCGUUUGAUUCAUCCUCCCCAAAAUCGCCCGAUACACAUCGUCCUUCUGCUGAAGUUGCGGAACCAAAAAGAAUCCUCACGGUUCUCGAGCAUGUUCUAGGAGAACAAUCUAUUCCGAUUGGCGACUUGAGCAUGAGAACCGCUGCGUUCAGAGACCUGUCGGCUCGGGAACAGGCGCUCUGGAGGCAACGUCUCACCGACUCUCAAGUGGUUGAGAUUUUGGAAAGUAUGAAAACAAAAACCAUGGGAUUUAAAUUCCGGGACGGAGUCUCUGAUCGCACAGAAAUGAUUUUCCAGCUUGAAUUUCUGAAAUCUUUCGUUUUAUUGCGCGAUUACAUUAUCCGCUAUGAGCUACUGCCCGCCAAGAUCAUUGGCGGGGCUGAAAUCUUCAACAAAAAGACUGUCAUCGAGAUGAUUGAGCUCAACGUGCAGCUUCUCUUCCGCAGAUGGGGCAAACAAUUCUUUGAUACUCCUGAUUCCGUGGUUCCGGAGCUAGAUUUCUUCACUUAUGCACUGGCAACAAAACACUUUCAUAAAUCCAUCAAAGCCCACCCGGUCGAAGACCAUAAACAAGUUGUCCAUGUUGUCCUGGAUACUAUCCUAACACAUGGACCGGAUCACUUCCCCACGGGCAAACCGGCGAGUGAACGAUUUGAGAAGAUUCGCAAUUCGUUUCACCAGAUCGACUUCCUCAAUCAAGCGCUAAUCAGUCUCGCGCCUGGAACAAGCCAUCAUGACAAAAGUAUUAAAGAUCUGGCAAUCGUCGAUUUGAUGCAAGAUCUCAUCAAAUUCUUGCAGGAGCCCGAAAUGGAAACGGACCCUAAACAAAGAAGGAUAGAAUAUCAACUGGUUUAUUACAUGAUGGAUUUUCUUCAAAUUUAUUACAAUUCGAUCACGGAGACAGUGGUGCAAGACAGAGAGGAUCGUUUGCUGGUAAAAAAUCAGUUCGGAUUCAUGAGUGCAUUUCUGAAGUAUUACCGGAAUUAUUACCAAGACAAUAGCGGUUAUAGGCGUGAACAUUAUGAUGAUAUGAGCACUUUUGGCUCGAUGGCCACAUCAGAAUCGGGAGAUCCCCAAUUCCAGGAAUGGAUUCACAAAUUUGUCAAUAAAAUUAUUGGGUUCACAACCUGGAAAGACUUUUCGUUCCACAGAGAAAGACUCAGGACAUGGAUAAAUUUGUAUGAAACGGGCAUCUUUAGAGAAGAAACUCAAAUCCCGCGUACUGUUGACAAACUCUAA